AUGAAUUCAAAUAUUAUUUAUUUAUUAGUAUUAUCCUUAGUUUAUUAUGUUUGUACUUUAGAUUUUGUUCUUUCAGCGGAAUGCGGAAGUAAUGCUCCUCCAAUAGCAAAGUAUCAACAAGUAUUCGAAAAUUAUUGGCGAGUCGAUAUAAACUAUCCUGAUGCCGAUGGUUCUUUGAUUGACUUUGGUGGUCUUGGUCGUAAGACUCAUGCCGUUCCAGAAAAGAUCUACCUAAUAUCUUUAUAUAAGAGGGUUGUUCGUCUUAGAUUCCAAGUCAACGAUAUCUACGAUGUUUACUUCACGGUUCGCGAUUUCAAUGGUGUUCCAUGUAAUCAUAGUUUGGUAUCUGACACCAACACUCAGAGUCUACCAUCGAUCGAUAUUGUCCAACCGGUUUGUUUGUACACCAAUGCCACUCUCACCCCAUUCAACAACACCUACAUGAACACACCUAAUUUCCAAGUGAAAUGCUCGACCUCUCCUUCAUCCCUCUACGAAAUGAAAGCCUACACUCCGACAUUCCAAUAUAAAACAUCGAUCAAUGGUGUCCAUACUAUUACCUAUGGUAACGGUUAUUCAUUCCCAUUCCAAUUACAAGCUCAAAACUCAUUGGUUCCAAUCAUUUCAUAUACAACUGGUGUGAUUGGAAAGAAAAGUAACUUGACCGUUUUGAAUGCCAAUAGAUUUACAUCUAUUAAGUUGUUUUCUUCGUCAGGUCCUGAAGUUAUUCCAACCACUCCAAACAAUUACCCAAUAGUUAACAACCUGUUGUAUUCAUUGGUUGCUGUUUCCGAUACUUGUGGAACUCAAAUUAUGGAUUUACAACCAGAAGUGGAUAUUAAUGUUUAUAGUACCGUACACUCAUACAAUUGUCAAGCAAACACUGUCGAUGUUUCAUUUGACUUUGGAUACAAUGUAUCACAGAGUGAUUAUACUAUAAAUGUUGCAGGUUCGGCUUACCAAGUUGGUAAUAAUCUCACCUUGGCACAAGGAACUACGUAUACUAUAAGUGUAACUGGUAUUAAUGGAUUGGCUAGUACCUAUUCCUAUUCUUCUCCAUCACUUGGUUCGAGUGUUAGUUACACGAUUGACAGCUAUCCAACAUGUUACUCAGAUGGCUUGGUGACAUUCAACUAUGCCGGUGAUAUUUCAGAUAUCAAAGUUAACAAUAUUCAACUUACCACUAAGCAGAUCGCCGUGGAAUAUGGAACCAAUUACAAUGUUUACCCGAAAUGUGGUGGAUCUUUCUAUAUCAACUUUAACACCGUACCAUUAUACUCAGUCGAUCGUACCUCGGGUAAUUGUUUUGGAACGGCAUCUAUUGUUGUUCAAAACUAUCAGAUAUUCUCAUCUAUUUAUUUGUUAGAUUUAAAUUCUAACUAUACGGCAGUGGAUGGUAUCUUUAGUAAUGUCUAUCUCUCGACCAACUACAAAUUCGUCUACAAACUCAGCAACAAUUGUACCGAGUCUGAAUAUUAUAUAUCACUUCCAAUGGAUAAUACAGGUUCAGAAACAAUCGAAAUUCAUCAACAAAUAGUGAAUCAACCAGAUUCUUGUCAAGACUUAAUUUCAGUGAAUUUCCAACUUGAAAAAGGUGGUGUAGUUUUGGAGAAUUUCACACAACCCAAUCUAAUGUUGGGAAGUACUUUUAACCAUUAUUUAAAGUUUGGUACUUGCGGUACAAGUUUAAUUGUUCUUACUGUUGAUUCAUUGAAUAUUUUAAAUACAACAACAUACAAGAUUAUUAAACCUGCAGUUUGUAAAGAUUCAUUUGCUCUCAUCCAAUUGGAAUCGGUUGAUCUUUUGAAAUUAUCUUCUAUCAAUAUUGACUUGCAACCAGUUAAUAUCAAUAAGGAUGAUGCAACCUAUUUAGUUCCAACAGGUAAACACUUGAUUGAUCUCAAUUAUCAGAACGAUCGUGGACAUUGUGGAACCAGAUUGGAAAUUGACAUCCCAUUCACAAGAGAUGUUGAACUUUCAUACAAUGUAAUCAACCAAGAUUCAACGAAAUGUAACCAAGCAACUGGUUCAAUUCAAUUCUCUAAUUUCGCAGAUUUCAGCAAUCUUACACUCGUUAAUGGAACCACAUCCGACAAUGGAUCAUUCAAUAAAUUAUCAACAAACUAUUACACAGUUCAAUUCAAUCAUUCAGUUUGUGGAGUUGGUCAAAUCAACAAUAUUUCGGUGGUUACUGAUGGUCACGUUAGUAUUGAAGAAAUCUAUCAUCCAACUUGUGACAGAGGAAUGGGAUAUUCCGAUGGUGUUUAUCAAUUGAAUGUCUUUGAUAGACUUGGAGAUAGAAUAUCAAACCUGUCUCUCAAUUCAACAUAUGGAUUUGAUGGUUUAGGUAUUAUUGCUGGUCAAACUAAACUAGAUUAUAAAAUUAAAUCACAACAGUUUUGCUCUUGGGGUGUGCAAGCUACUUACCAACUGAAUGAAAUUAAUGUUACCUUCUCAGAUAUCAAACAAUAUACCACCUAUCCAGGAUCAUUUAAUUUCAAUUUCAGUUCAUAUAUUAGAAUUGAUGGUCCAGAAGUAGAUGGAAUUGGUGGUAGUUUUGUUUAUCCUAAUCAUCUUGAUUUAUCAGUUUAUCCAAAUACUGUCGAUACAUUCACAGCUUUUUAUAAUGACUAUUGUAAAGUGAUGACAUCGGCACCACUAAAUCCAGUGUUGAACCCGGAUUUCGGAAUCAAACAAAUCAAGAAAUGUGGAUCGAUGGAUACACAAAUCCAAUUCCCACAGAGUGUUGUCGACAACUAUUAUGUUAAGACCUCCAAUGGUCUCCUGGAUGCAAACAACAUGGUUUAUGCUUUCAAUGGAAUUGACAUUGUUUUGACAUCCAAGACAACUGGAGUUGCUACAUACUUUACUCUUGAAACUCAAAACACUGAAGCAUUGCCACCUGUUUCCUAUAGUUUUACCAACGAGUCAUGUAUGGGUAGUGGUGAUGCAUCGAUAACUAUCGCCAAUCAAGAUCCAAACCUAAUAUACUCUCUCUACAAUGUCAAUACAGAAAUUAACUAUGCUAAUCCAAUCAAUGGAGGAUGGAGUGGACUCACCAAAGGUAUCUAUUCUAUCUAUGCAACAAACAACACUAAUGUCGCAUGUAAAACCUCUGAACAAGUCGAAAUUCAAGUCAAUUCACCAGUUACCAUUGCCAUUACCACCAAUCAAUGUUCUGCUCAAUCCAAUGGUGUUGUUUCAUUCUCAACAACUGUUAACAAUCAACCAGUAAACAAUGUAGUUUAUUCAGUUGAUGUCCAGAUUAAUUCAACCAAAGUAAUACUGCCAUCAGGUGAUUACACAGUCAAGGCAUUUGUAAAUGAAGGUACCUGUAGACAAUUCGUAAACCAAGAUUUCACAGUACAGUCGAAUAUCCUAGAAGCAGAAGUUGUAUCAUCGAUUUGUUCGACAGCCAGUAUCAAAGCAACAUCAGAACUUCAAGAUCAAUUGACAAUUAGAUUGUAUAAUGUUACAAAUGGUGGUAAUUCAUUGGUUGGUCAAGCAAUCAAUGGAAACACAGCCAACAUCACCAACCUCUCUCGUGGAACCUAUCAAUUCACAAUCACUGAAUCAUCUGGAUGUUCGAUUACAACAGCAUCAUUCAACAUUCUUGAAUGUCCAACACAACCACCAACUGAAACUCCAACACAAACACCUAUCAAUCGAUCAUAUCAACUUUCACCAUACACUUCAUUAUUAUUCUUCUCCAUUCUUUCAUUAAUCUUUUUUGCUUAA